AUGUCAUCACCAACCUGUGAGGAUGAAGGUCUGCCAUCCUGGGCGCAGAGCUGGAACAUUCCAUUUAAGAGUAUGAUGAUCGGCGUAAAGGUUUUGGGCAAGGGACAUUUCGGUGAGGUUCGUGAUGGAGCAGUGUUGGUUGGAGGAGAAAUCUCAAAAGCUGCCAUAAAGACACUGAAAGCAAACGCUUCUGACAACGAUCGGCAGAAUUUCAUGGAGGAAUUCCGGACUCUGACCAAAAUUGGACAGCACCCGAACGUGGUCAGUAUUCUUGGUGCCUGUCAUAAUGAUGACAUUCUGUACGUGGCCUUGGAGUUCAUGCCGAACGGUGAUCUGCGCACCUAUACCUGAGAAACGCUCGAUCCCAGGAGGACGAUGAACAGUCAACUCUGUCUUCUGAGAAACUGAUUCAGUUUGCU